UCCACAUCAGACACAGGACCUGGUUGUGAAUCCCGUAGUUUGUCACCAGGGAAGAGCGAACCAGUAGCAGCUGCCCUGCUCCAUCUGCGCACCGCUGUCUGCAGCACGGACACCGGCUCGGUCCGCCGCCUCUCCACCGCUGAGGUGAGGCUGCACCCCGUCACCCCGUCACCUCCUCAUCCUUCUCCUCCUCAGGUCCUUCUGGGAGCACAAUGCGCUGACUUCUGUGGCAGGAUGAUUUCUGUUGUUUCCACGGUGGAGAGCGUUCCCAGAGGUACAGGCACCCCGGCGCCCAGUCUCUACCAGCGGAUCCGGAAGUUCCUAACCAGAGACCUCCUGGUGACCCUGGCUAUGGGCCAGGUCUUGUCGUUGUUAAUCUGUGCUAUUAGUCUGACUAGCAAGUACCUGGCUGAUGACUUACAUGCUAACACACCAGUGUUCCAGAGCUUUCUCAACUACAUCCUGCUGUUUUUGGUCUACACCACGACACUGGCAGUCCGGCAAGGUGAAGGGAACUUGCUGCCCAUUCUGAAGCAACGCUGGUGGAAAUACAUGAUUCUGGGUUUGGUAGACAUCGAGGCCAACUAUCUGGUCCUGAAGGCUUACCAGUACACUACACUCUCCAGUGUACAGUUGUUAGACGGUUUUGUCAUCCCGGUUGUCCUGCUGCUGUCUUGGUUUUUUCUCUUGGUGAGGUACAAGGCAGCCCACUUUGUUGGGGCAGGGCUGUGCCUCUUGGGUAUCGGCUGCAUGGUCGGAGCUGAUAUCCUACUUGGUCGGCAGCAAGGCCUCGGCGAACAGAAGCUAUUUGGGGAUCUUUUGGUUCUGGGCGGAGCAACACUGUAUGGGAUCUCCAACAUCUGUGAGGAAUUCAUUGUGAAGAACCUGAGCCGUGUGGAGUUCCUCGGGAUGAUGGGACUCUUCGGAUCCUUCUUUAGCGGCAUCCAACUGGCAAUCAUGGAACACAAGGAGCUGCUGAAGGUAUCCUGGGACUGGCAGAUAGGUCUACUCUACGUGGGUUUUGGUGGUUUCAUGUUUGGCCUGUACAGCUUCAUGCCUGUGGUGAUAAAGAGGACGAGUGCCACCUCAGUCAAUCUCUCUCUGCUCACAUCGGACCUAUACAGCCUCUUUUGUGGUAUUUUCCUCUUUCAAUACAAGUUCUCUGGCCUCUACCUGUUGUCAUUUGUCGUCAUUAUCUUGGGCUUGGUCUUUUACGCCUCCUCAUCUACCUGUGUGGUCCAGGAUCCACGAGUCUACAAGCAGUUCAGGAACACAGGCAGCCAGUUGGCCAACGACCCAACCCAACUUAGGCUUGGAGUACCAGAACCUUCUGUCACCUACACCAGCCUGGGCCCCGAGCCGGGUGAUGAGCUUCCUGUACGUAUAGACUAAGUUGAUCUGAGAGAUCUGGGACAGUGUUAAUUUCGUUGACGAAAACGAUGACGAAAUAUAUUCGUUAACGACCCUUUUUCCAUGACGAAGACGAGACAAAGACGUAACGAAAACGGAUCUUUGAAAAUAAAAACUAUGACUAAAUCUAUUUUUAACUUUCGUUGACGAGAUGAGACGAAAAUGUUGGUGGUUGACUUAGUCACAAUAAUUUUUUUAACAUCAUCGUAUCAGGCCGUCAUAAAGUAUCAGGAGCGGGCGAGUGAGUCUGUGUGUGUGUGUGUGCGCUCCCAGAUAGCGCACCGGUCCUGAGGCUCCGCCCCCUGCCCCGCUCACUCACUCAGAGACACAAGAUCAGAGCUAGUACACGUGAAGGAAGCCUCUCAGUGACUCACUGCUUCUUAACUAUGGAAACAGUGAAAACACAGAGUUUCUCUGGUCUCAGCUGAUCAGAGAUCAGAGCCUCAGCUUCUUGAUCAGAGCAGAAGCUGCAGUUGGUUUCUACCAAGCUGCAGUUUCUGUGUUCGCCUCCAGUCUGACCUGCUCUCACUUUUUGUUUUCACAUUUAAAACUAAAUAUAUAUUUUUAAGCUAGUAGGCUGCAGCUAUAUGUUUUUAUAAAAAAGGAGUUUAAUGUGGCUAUUAAAUGUGACUAAAACUAGACUAAAAUGGAAUUUGUUUUUCGUCGACUAAAACUAGACUAAAAUGUAAUUUGUUUUAGUCGACUAAAACUAGCGAUUACUCUGUCAGCCUGAUGCAUCAGUGUGUCAGCUGCAGCGUCUAGGUUAUAUAGAGAGAAGAAGUGCUGGCUGUACCCAGAAUGCUGAGUAGAGUAGCUGCACAAUCACCCAGGUAGGUCCAGGUUUUCAUUUUAUGGCCUGUACUGAAUGAUGGAGUCUUCGCUGCUCAGUUAUAAAAAAUGUAUGUACCCAACUACACAAAUGACCAGAAUGUAAUUAAAUCAAAAAGCAAGUGAAUAUGUUGAGUUUGCUGUGAUCAAAGAAUGAGUAGACGGUAGUGACUGUAAAUUAUCAUUAAUGUAAAUAGAUGCUAUUGUCAUUUGAAGGGUUCUCCUUUCUUUUUAUAUCUGUCAAGACUGUUUUUGAGUAUUCCCUUUAUAUAUGCUGAACCUGUGUUCAUCAUAUUGAAGUCCACAGUGUUUCUGAAUCCACCUGCUCCAAUUCAGUCACAGAUUUGGUAUUUUCAGAUUGUUUAACACACUGGAGUCACUUGUGUUCAUAGUAUUGGCAGACAGCUCCUUGUGGUUCAUUGAACAACUUUGUCACCAAUAUACUAUAUUUUGCUGUGUAUUUUGAACAUGGAUAUAAUGUAGGCUGGUAUAAAUAUAUUUGGAUAUCAUAUAUUUAAGUUUGAAUACUUAUAACACCAAAAAAUGCUUUCAGUAUUUCCUCUCCAGAAGUUCAUAGAGAAUUAGAAUUUACAGAAAAUAAUUCAAACAAUUGAUGAAAAAUUUAAGAAUAAAGUUCAUGACCUCAGCAUUUCUACAAUUCUGGUUAUUGUCCUGAAUUAGAUAUUUUUCGUUUCUGUUAGUAUUAAAUAAAUGUCAAAACACAAUCAAAGCAGGGUGCACAGUGUUUGUGAUGAGAAAGCUUUGUUACUGUGGUGUGUUAGUGUUCCAGUCUUCCAUUGCUGUAAUCCCAGGAUUUCGGAACAUGGACAUUUUUAUUUUUAACACAUGUUCGGGCCUCUCGUCUAGAACUACAAGAAAAAGCUUGUUUUCAGAAACCAAACAUCAUUCAUAACCACUGUCAUUGGCUGAGAUGCGCUGGCUGCAUCACAUCGUUUUUGGAGGAAGUUGCUGUAUCUUACGCCAUGUCAAUCGUAAUAUGGAAAAAAGCUUUGACAGUGAUAGAAGUGAUUGGGGUCAGAAUCCAUGGCCCCCUCAUGUCACAGUGUAUAUACAGUAUAUUGCAAAUUUUAUCUGACAUGAUUAUGAGGCUCAGCAGUCUGAGUCAGUGAAACCAAAGUGUUUCGUCAGUGUCUGAGCUACAAUGAGGGGAAGGAACACACUGAAGACAUUUCAUUAUAG